AUUUGCAUUUUGCUUAAACAAUUUAAAAUUAUUUAUGAAGAAUCAUGUGAUGUCACACGGCACGUAAACGAUCAAAUAAAGAUGAUAGUUCGUAAUCUAAUCGAUUCGUCAGGCCCAAAAGCCCCAAAGACGAAGGUUUGUUCGGGUUAGUAAGGUUGAAAGUUGGAAACAGUCUAGACAGUCUGAAAAAAUAAAAUAAAUACCCAAUUAGGAAUAUUUUGAAAAUACCGAUUUAUCCGUUGGCCUGACAUGAUUACCCUGUGCAUCGGCUAAUUUUGUGAAAGGAGUUUUUCAGCUUUGGCCCAUUUUUUCUUUUCUAGGACUGAGUUGAUUUAUUGUACGUUCUUACAAUGUCCGGCACCGUGUCAAGAAUGAACAGCAGAAAAUUCAAAUGGGCUCUGGAUAUGAACACGAGAAGCAAGGCAGAUAGAUCGGAUCUUGCUGCCCCUCCUGGCUACAACCCGGCAGUUAGCCAGAUACACACGGAAUCCUCUAAGGAAUCUGAUCCGAAUCACUUGAUCAUAAAAAAAUCAUGGGACCUUGCACUCGGGCCCAUCAAGCAAGUUCCUAUGAAUUUAUUUAUAAUGUAUAUGUCAGGCAAUUCGAUCUCAAUUUUCCCAAUAAUGAUGGUUUGUAUGUUAGUGAUAAGACCUGUAAAAGCGCUUUUCACUAUGCAGAAUGCUUUCAAGAUGAUUGAAGGGAAUCACGCUGCCGGACAGAAAUUUGUCUACUUUAUCGGCAACAUUGUCAACAUUGCCCUAGCUCUUUACAAAUGCCAGUCGAUGGGCCUUCUGCCGACUCAUGCCUCAGAUUGGCUUGCUUUCGUUGACCCUCAGAUACCCAUGGAGUAUUCGGGAGGAGGUGUCAUCUUCACAUAACGAAGAAAAUAAUAAACUAUUGGAUUAUCGAAAAAAAACUGUUGCUAUAUUUAUAUUUAGUAAUGGAUACAAAACAAUUUUAUACAUAUACAAUAAAUACUGUAUAAUACAACAAAUAUAAAUAAAUUAAUUUAAAUUGUAUGUAAAUUUGAAAUUUGAAUUCAAUUAUCACUAUGUGCUGAGUUUCCUUUU